CUCAGGAACCACAGCCUGCCAGGGCCCAUUCCAGCUCCCAGCCCAGCCAUCACCAGCCAUGGCAUCCCUGCUGCCCUUCCAGACCCUGCCCUCUAUCCUGACUCUGCUGGCUGUUCUAGCCCCAGCGGCUGCAGACUUCAACAUCUCAAACCUCUCUGGUAUGCUGUCCCCCGCGCUAACUGAGAGCCUGCUAGUCGCCUUGCCCCCCUGCCAUCUCACAGGGGGCAACGCCACAUUGAUGGUCCGUAGAGCCAAUGACAGUAAAGUGGUGAAAUCCAGCUUUGUUGUGCCUCCAUGCCGUGGACGCAGGGAGUUGGUGAGUGUGGUGGACAGUGGGGCUGGCUUCACGGUCACUCGGCUCAGUGCAUACCAGGUGACAAACCUCGUUCCAGGAACCAAAUACUACAUUUCCUACCUAGUGAAGAAGGGGAUGUCCACUGAAUCCAGUAAAGAGACCCCAAUGUCCACACUUCCUCGAAGGAAGAUGGAAUCCAUUGGGUUGGGAAUGGCCCGAACAGGGGGUAUGGUGGUCAUCACAGUGUUGCUGUCGGUUGCCAUGUUCCUGCUGGUUGUGGGCUUCAUCAUUGCCCUGGCACUGGGUGCCCAAAAGUGAAGAGGGUUGUGCUGGGCAGCAAGCUCCCCCAGGAAACCUAGGGUACUGUCCACUUCCCCAGUCCA